UAAAAGACUGGUUAAGCCAGGUAGGGAAAGCAGCCAAAAGCCGGGGACAGGCACACAGGUCCAGGUCUGUAGGCCACAGCAGCUGCAGACCCGAGAGGCAGCAACGCCCAGACCUCCAGGAGCGUUCAGGGCCAGGAUGUCUCGCCUGUUCUUGUUCCACCUGCUAGGAGUCUGUUUACUCCUGAACCAAAUUUUCAGAGCAGUCGCGACAAACGGGAAGGACGACGUUAUUAAAGUAUGCGGCCGAGAGUUAGUUCGCGCGCAGAUCGACGCUUGCGGCAUGAGCACCGUGGACAAAAGUACUCUGAGCCGGGAAGAUGCUUCUCCGCAACCCGAACUAGUGACAGAAAUUGUGCCAUCCUUCAACAGCAAAGAUACAGAAACCAUAAAUAUGAUGUCGGAAUUAAUUGCUAAUUUGCCACAGGAGCUGAAGGCAGCCCCAUCUGGGAGGCAGUCAUUGUUACCAGAGCUACAACAGCAUGUACCCAUACUAAAGGAUUCAGAUCUUAGCUCUGAAGAAUUUAAGGAAAUUAUUCGCAAUAGACAAAGUGAAGCCGCAGACAGCAGUCCUUCAGAACUAAAAUACUUAGGCUUGCAUGCUCAUUCUCGAAGAAAGAGACAAUUCUCCCUGGCACUGUAUAACCAGUGUUGCCUAAUUGGUUGUACCAAAAGAGCUCUUGCUGAAUUUUGCUGAGAUGAAGCUAAUUGUGCACAUCUCAUCUAAUAGUCGCACAUAUUCCUGAUGACAUUUUCACUGAUGCUUCUGUCAGGUCCCAUUAAUUAUUAAAAUUUAAGAAAUCUUUAUUAAUGUUUAGAUUUUUCAUUUGAUGUGUAAGAAAAGACUUCAUAUGAUUGUACUUUCUAUAAAUGACACUUUUUGUGCUGAAGUCUUUUUGUCUUUUUAUUAACAGAAUAAUCAUGUUGUGUUAUUCUUUUAAUGCUACUAACUUAAAAUUACAAUAAAACCUUUACCAGUUU